AUGGUGUGGAGGUAUGUUCAAAAAAAUAAAAAGCGUAACAUCAAAUUAAUAAUUUUGUUGAAGGUCAAACGAAUUCAGAACCCUUCCUUGUACAAAAAGUUUGUUAUUCACAAGUGUAAAAUGGAAAAUGAACUGAAAGAUUCUGGCAAGGAGGUAGUUAAGCACCUCUGGCACAGAACAUCUCAAGACUACCUCCAGAACAUCAACAGUGAGGGAUUCAACAGAAGCAAAACACUCAGUCUCGUGAACAAUUACGGACGAGGAGUUUAUUUCAGCACGGAUUUCUAUUAUCUGGAAGGUGAAAGUGCGAUCGCCAAUCCUUCCAAUGAUUACUACUGCUACCUCAGUCAAGUUUUAGUUGGAGAUUUUACGAAAGGGGCUUCAAGGUGCAUGGUUCCUCCGCUAAACCAGCAAAACAAAAAGUACCAUUCCUUGGUUGAUGACGUCACAAACCCAAAAGUGUUUGUCAUUUUUGGCGAUACCCAAGCCUAUCCAUCUUAUUUGGUUCACUAUAGAGGGUAG